AUGGCUGCGGAUGCUGCGGAUGCUCUCCUCUCGCUCCGCAUCCCGGCACCAUGGCAGCUGCCGUUGUUGCUUCUCCUCGUCUCGCAUCUUCCUGGUCACACCCUCGGACUGUUAGGCUUCCGUCCAGAGGACACGAGUCCUUUGCUGUCUGUGCAAAACGGACUGCUGAGGGCAACCGAGGGAACGCGCUUCGUGUUGCGGGUGUACUACGCAGCGUCGCCGCAGAGGAUGAACCGAAACGCGAGCUCCAGAGUGGACGCUACCGCCCCAUGGAUCGCGUUUGUCGAAGAGCCGCAGCCGGGCCGAGAGGGUCAAGCUCACCCGAAGAGAAACUUGUGUGUGGAAGAAAGCGCGCGAACUUCUGACAUAGAGCUGCUAGGUUCCUUCAAGUCGGCCUCCAGCCAGAAUUCCAUCCUCGUGGAGUUGUUGGCCAAAGACCUGCGGCGCGGUGAGAAAGUCAAAUAUUAUUCCAUGUGCGCCUUUGACGGGGCCAAGUGGGAGCACUUUAGGUCGAGGGACUUCUGGCUUGCGGUGGUCGAGCGGCCACCACACGCGGACGGGUGGCUUCAGGCGGCAAUUUCUGUGCUGUUGCUGGCACUGUCUGCUCUCUUCAGUGGACUCGUGAUAAGCAUGCUCGCCCUCGACCCCGUGGAGCUGAAAGUGCUCCAAAACAGUGGCACGGAGAAGGAGCAGAAGUACGCGGGGAAGAUUGAGUCGGUGCGCAAACACGGCAACUACGUGCUCUGCACUUUGGUGUUGUGCAACGUUCUCACCAAUACGUUUUUAGUAGUUUGGAUGUGCCAGAUUCUCGGGGUCACGCCUCUGUCCACCGCCGCCUGCACGUUCCUGAUCUUUUUUGUUGGGGAGAUUCUACCGCAUUCCGUCGCAUCCAGACACGGGCUAGCCAUAGCGUCUAAAACCAUCUGGCUCACUCGGCUUCUGAUGCUGGUCACUUUCCCCAUCACGUACCCGAUUAGCAAACUAUUGGACAACAUGUUGCACCAAGAAAUAAGUAACUUUUACACUCGUGAGAAGUUGCUGGCGAUGCUGCGCGUCACAGACCCUUAUCAUGACCUGGUGAAAGAGGAGCUCAAUAUCAUCCAGGGAGCCCUAGAGCUUAGGACGAAAACGGUCGAGGACGUUCUGACCCCGCUCAAUGACUGCUUCAUGCUGGCUUCUGACGCCAUCCUGGAUUUCUACACCAUGUCUGACGUCAUGCAGAGCGGUUAUACUCGCAUCCCUGUUUUUGAGAACGAGAGGUCUAACAUUGUUGACAUUCUGUUUGUUAAAGAUCUGGCCUUUGUUGAUCCAGAUGACUGCACCCCACUUAAAACCAUCACACAGUUCUACAAACAUCCUUUGCAUUGUGUAUUUAAUGAUACCAAGCUUGAUGCAAUGCUUGAGCAGUUCAAGAAAGGAAAAAGCCACUUAGCCAUAGUGCAGCGAGUUAACAAUGAGGGAGAAGGAGACCCUUUCUAUGAGGUUAUGGGAAUCGUCACCUUGGAAGAUGUUAUUGAAGAGAUUAUCAAGUCAGAAAUCGUGGAUGAGACUGACUUGUACACUGAUAACCGCAGUAAAAGGCGAGUGUCUCACCAUGAGAGGAAACAGCAAGACUUCUCCAUUUUCAAACUUUCUGAGAGUGAGAUGAAGGUGAAGGUCUCCCCUCAGCUGCUGCUAGCUACACAUCGUUUCCUGGCUACAGAAGUCGAGCCUUUCAAGUCUACUUAUAUCUCAGAGAAGAUCCUGCUGCGCCUCAUCAAGCAUCCAAGUGUUGUACAGGAGCUAAAGUUUGAUGAGAAGAAAAAGAAAUCACCGAAGCAUUACCUCUACCAGCGCAACAAACCUGUUGAUUACUUUGUGUUGAUUUUGCAGGGUCGAGUGGAGGUGGAGAUCGGAAAAGAAUCGCUAAAGUUUGAAAAUGGUCCAUUCACUUACUAUGGCAUGCCUGCCAUUACAGCUGUACUACCCGCAGUUCACAGAUCACCAUCACGGAGCAGUGGACUAAAUCAUUCAGACACCACCAUCCAUGCAGGGAGCCCAAGUCAGCUGAGUAUAGGAGGAGGAGCUUACCUACCAGAUUACUCUCUUCGCCAACUCACUGACCUGCAAAUCAUCAAGGUUACUCGUAACCACUACCAGAAUGCUCUGACAGCCACACGGAUGGACAGCUCUCCUCAGACCCCUGAUGCAGACAACCAGGCUGGAGGAGAGAGGACCACAAUUCCAGAAACGCGCUCCAACAGCAUUGCACUGCCUCUUCCCCGCUCACACCACCACACACACCACUUCAGACAUCCCCACAGCACCUCCAUGCUAAACGAGAAGAACCGCAUUGUCCGGAGCAAAUCAGAUGGACAGAAAAGCCCCAGUGACUCUGUGUUCUUGCGCAUGGAUGAGAUCCCGUACAUGCGGACGGAAUGUCUGGAGGAAAAAGAAGGAACUGAUAAUGCAGCUGUAACAAAAGAAACAGGCCUGUCUUCAUCUUAGCUGAUUAGCUCUCACUCUCUGAAUGGAUCAGAUGAUAACCUGGGCAAGAAGCUGCUGCGCAAACUAAGUAACAAGAAACGGAAAAAGUCACGUGAUGGGGAGAAGCCAGUAGAGGACAUUUGUGAGCUGUCCCAGGUGAAGACCUAACAUAUAAGAAAUAGCUGUUCAAACCUUCCCUCUAUCACAGUUCUACAUCUCACCCACCAAUGUGAAACGUCCUAGACUCAUCAUGACCGAUUUCUAAAAAGAAAAGGAGCUCAAUGUGGACAGAGAUGACCCUAUAGAAGAUAAAUGAUAAGACCUUGCUGUCAUUAUUUCAUCUAGCCAUUUCAAGAUCCAACUGAAUGAGUUUGCUAAUAAGUUUUGUAACCUAAGGUCAUGAAAACUCCAGGAUAUGAUUUGCUUUCAGAAUCUGUAAUGUAACCCGGCCUAUUCAGCCCAGGUUUGUGACGUUGGCACCAGACAUCAGGUUGUUGUCUGUUGAGGGAGAACAGCAAAUAUUCAAGACACAAAUAUCUUGUGCUUAUGUUUUUAAGGCACCACUUUUUUAGUACUGUGUACUACUUCUUGCUAUUGGAUGAUGUCACUUGAACCUCUAGUGCAGGUGAAGCUUACAAGCACAAGCCUGCAGAGUUUAAGUUAUAAAUUUCACCUACAGGAAGGCAUAGCCCUCUGGCAGGUUUAAUAAGCAUGAAAUGAUUUUCAGUAUUGCUUUGAAAUAAUUAAUGAAUGUUUAUUUAUUUAUGGUGGCAUGGUGGCUUAGUGGUUAGCACUAUCAUGCACCUUCAGGGUUGGGGGUUUUAAUCCUGCCCCCAGUCAGCGUGUGUGGAGGUUGCAUGUUCUCCCUGUACUUGGUGGGUUUCCUUGUGGUUCUCUGGUUUCCCCCAAGAAUCAAAAAUCUUGUAGCCUGUCGUUUGGCCUGAUUGCUAUUUUCAAAUUUCCUGUAAUGUAUGAUUGUGUGUGUGUGUGUGUCUGCUUGUGCCCUGCAAUAAGUUGGCACCCCAUUCAGGGUGCGCCUUGUCUUGUGCCCUAAGUUCCCUGGUACAGGCUCCAAGACCCUACACAGGAUAAGCAGUAUAGAUAAUAGAUUAAUGGAUUGUUUCUUCAUUGAGAGGUAUUAGAAAGGUUGUCUGGAGUUGUAUAAGAUAUUUUAGCGAUAAUGGAGCACUUUAAGUGAAAUCUGAUCCUUGUAUUUAGUUGAAUAGUUUACGUAAGGUAUCAAUAUAAAGAAAAAAUAAUAAGCUGCCUAUAUUAGGUAGUUGCUAUUUUUUUUAUAUAAGCUUUUAG